AUGCUGACGUCCAAGGCAAACGCUUCGCCCGCGGCCUCGACCGACGAGGAGAUGGUCACCCAGACUCCGUUGGAUGAGAAGGUCGCGGCCGAUGCGACGGCGCGACCUUCGGACGACUACGAGAAGCCCCGCGACUUCCCCUUGUCGUGGAAGUUGGUCGCCCUCGUUAGCGGUAUCAUGCUCUCUUGGGGAUCCUCCUUUUCGGAGAAUACCCUCGGACCGUUGAAGUCGACAUUCAAGAAGGAGUUGAAGAUUACGAAUUCCCAGUAUGGUGCCAUCUCAUCAGCCACCUCGUUGGUCAACACAGUGCUCCCCAUCAUCGGUGGCUACGCUCUCGACUAUUACGGAGUCGAAUGGUACGUGCUCCCCCUUGCCUCUCCGUCAGAUGGAAGCCUUCCAGCCGGCCAUGAUUGGCGACCUGCGUCGAUCUUUCCCCCGAAAACUGACACGCCUCCGUCCUUCAGGGGCUCGCUCGCCUGCUCGAUAGUCAUCUUCCUCGGCUCCGUCAUCUCGGCGUCCGGCUCGAACAGCGACGAGUUCGGGCUCAUCGUCGGCGGUCGCAUCCUCAUGGGUUUCGGCAGCACCCUCAUCGAGACCUGCACAUCCAAGAUCCUAGCCCAUUGGUUUCAGCAUAGGGGACUUGGCUUGGUGUAUGGGCUUGACGUUGCCGUCGGAAAACUCAUCGUCCUAGCGGCCAAGUCGUCGGCCGUGCCCAUGAGGGACGUCUCCUCCUUCUGGGGCUGGGCUCUCUGGAUCCCGGCGAUAACGUGCUUCGCCAACCUGGUCCAGAACGUCCUCUACGUCUGGUGGGCGUGGACGCGCCCCGAGUGGACCCGCAUGCCGACCGGCCUGCAGGCCCAGCGCGACGCCAUCAAGCGUCGGGACGCCCUCGAGGCCGACGCCGACAGCCCCGUGACCGUGUCGAGCGACAGCCGCGUCCGCCGCUUCUCCUUCCUGCCCAGCUGGCGCAACAUCCUGCGCGUCCCGCGCUUCUUCUGGCUCGUCGUGUGCUCGCAGAUCCUCCAGUCCGGCACCGUCGGCAGCUUCAGCAGCCUGAACGCGGACAUCAUCUCCGAGACCCGCGGCUCGACCGACCAGCUCGCCGGCUACACCUCGUCCAUCCAGAUGGUGAUUCCCGUCGUCGCCACCCCGCUCGUCGGCCUCUUCUUCGACCUCGUCGGCUACCGCAUGAUGUUCGUCAGCAUCACCUCGUCCAUCUGGAUCCUCGUCUACUGCCUCAUCGGCUACUCCCACGUGAACGCUCUGGGGGUCAUGGUCGUCGCCUCGUUCGCCACCACCAUGAACUCCAUCCCCUUCGUCGCCUCCAUCCCGCUCAUGGUACCCCGCCAGGUCGAGCUGGGCCUCGUCUUCGGCAUCUGGAAGGCCUUCAACAACAGCGGCAGCGUCAUCAUGGACAUGGUCUCCGGCAGGAUCCAGGACAUAACCCCCGGAAAGACGUACGAGCGCGUCGUCGCCUUCUUCGUCGUCGUCAAGGGCCUCGAGUUCUGCCUCGGUCUGUUCUACGGACUCCUCGACAGGAGGUACCUCGGAGGCAUCCUGUCCAUGAGCGAGAAGAAGCGCAUGAUGCUCGAGGAAGAGGGCAAGCUCCAGGAACCCGUCGGACGCAAGCCGCACAGGAUCUUCACCAUUGUCGGCAUAUCGAUUGCUGCGUCCAUGAUCAUCGUCGGAUGGGUUCUCUUCAUCCGAUACACUCUCUAA